GAGACAUGGGUCAUCGUAAAUUGCCUUUAGAGCUUAUCCCCAAUGAGAAAGCACGUAGGAUCACCUACGAGAAGAGGAAGAAGAGCAUAAUGAAGAAGGCCCAAGAGUUCACCACCCUAUGUGGUGUCGACACAUGCAUGAUUAUCUACAGUCCCGAGGGAUCCGCCACCAGUGCCAAUGAACCCGAGGUUUGGCCCGCGAACCGCGAGAAGGUAAAGCACAUCAUCGAGCGGUACAUGAGCAAGGGGGCGGACCGCCGUGCCAAGAAGACAGUCGGGUUGCCCGACUUCUUCGUGAAUCGGAAGAGGAAGGUCGACACCGAGCUCGCCAAGGCCCGAAUGGCCAAUUGGAAGGCCGAGUACCCGAUCUUGGAGGCGUUGAUUGAGGGCCUACCCAAAGAGGACCUAGAGAGGCUAUUGGGCUCUCUGGGGCACAAGCUCGAGGCGGCCAAGGUGAGGCUGGCCGUACUGAAAGAGGACGCAAUGAGGAGAUCAUUGAGCCGUACAAAUGAUCAUCAUGCACAUGUAAAUGAUCAUAUGUAUCAUCAUCAUCACAUGCACGCCUCGUUUCAAGAUGACUGCCAUUUUGGUGAUAUCCCUCCUGGACAAGACUUUCAUUUCGUCACGCCGGAGGGGACGAUACUUUUGGAGACAUCGUCGUAUGGCCCCAUCAUGGGCAACAUGCCACUGGAAGGCACUCCGAGCUUUGGGACGUGCUAUGACGAGCUGAUGGUCCAACCAGCCUCGCUCCUCGUGCCGCUCUCGGUGAUGCAGGCUUCGUCACGAGGGGUUUUUCAGUUUCUUGAUUAUCACUAA